CCAUACUGUCCAUAAUAAGAGUCAUGCCUUGAACAAAAGAAUUUCUGCCCGCCUCAAUGGGAAGUGACUGCGCUACAACUGGGAUUUUUAAAAAAAAUUGAACGGAGAUCAACUAACCUCUAGCAAUGGCCAUGCAACCGUCUGCGAUCCUGGACACAAGCUUGUCAAAACGCAACAAUGUUGCCGCAUUACUGGCUAGAGAGAUCGUUUUUCGGGAAGCACGACAGCCCGAUCACAAAAUGGAAGCUCUAAGAAAAAAGUACACUCCAAUCAAUGAGACGCAGCUGAAAGCAGGUUCCUUACCGAGCAACGGUGCAGAGGACGAAGAAUCGUUCGACCACAUUGCUCUAGUGGAUGAAAAUGGGUUUGAAAGAGCAGCGAAGCAGCUCUUUGAUCCAAGUCGACUUCAAUUAACCUGGAAAAAUAUCCAACCAGUUGGCUUAGGCAUUCAGAACCUCGGCAACACAUGCUUUCUUUCCUCCACCCUCCAAGCCUUAACAUAUGUACCCGCAUUUGCUCAAUACCUUUUAUCUGAACAGCAUGGAAGAUCAUGCAAAUUUCAUGACUUUUGUGUCUUAUGUGCACUUGAGCAGCACGUCAAACAAGCAUUGGAAAGAGUACCUGAUAACACUGUUGAUAAUUCCAUAUCACCCACCAAACUUGUUGGUAAAAUUAGAGCUAUUGCAAGUACUUUGAAGCCAGGAAGGCAGGAGGAUGCGCAUGAAUUCUUGAGACAUUUGCUGCAGGCGGCCCAAAAAUGUUGUUUGGAUGCUCAUGGCAUGAUAGAUCAACGAAGCCAAGAAACAACAUUUCUGUAUCAAGUUUUUGGAGGGUAUCUACAAAGCCAAAUUGAGUGCUUCCGAUGCAAGAAUAUUACCAAGUCUUUUGAAGCUUUCUUGGAUUUGAGUGUAGACAUUCACAGCGGCAAAUCCUUGUCACGAGCCCUUGAUGAGUUUACAAACUUUCAUCAAAUGAGCGACGACAACAAAUACCAUUGUGAAAACUGUGAUGACAAAGUUACUGCCAGAAAGAAACUGACAAUCUAUAAGGCACCAAAGACUUUGACCAUUCAUCUCAAGAGGUUCUCAUUCCAAGACGGCCACAUUAGCAAGGUCGAUAAGAUGAUCACAUAUAAAGAGCAACUCGAUAUCCGGCCACAUAUGACGGAAGGACAAGAAAAAAAUGUUCCUGGUAUUCAUAAGUUAUUGGCAGUCAUUGUACAUUCUGGAGCUACGACGCAUUCUGGCCACUAUGUUGCAUAUAUAAAGAGCUCAAAUGGACUGUGGUACUGCAUGAAUGAUACUUCUGUUCAGCAAGUUAGCACUCAAACCGUUCUAAAUCAAAAGGCAUAUAUACUGUUUUAUGGCCUGGAAAAAUCUGAACUGAAAAAUGGUACCAGCAAAGACACCACUGACAAGAAGGAACCCAAGAAAAAGACAAAGGUGAAGGAGACAAUGGCAGUCCGAGAAAACAAUCAGACUCCCGAUCUGGAAAGUAGCGAGGUGUCGGAUAUGCUUGGAGUCAAAAUUAGCAGAAAGGAUUUUGCAAAAACGGCUUCAGCCGUACCGCAAAAACCGGUGAGCGAAACAAAGGCAUCUCCAAAGAUGAUGACGAACAAGGAACGCAAGCUACUUCGUAAACAGAAGAUUGAAGAGGCAAGACUUGCUCGUCAACAAGAAAACGCGCAAGCCAGCACAGAAGAAUUUAAACUUGACCAAGGUGACCUGUCCGGACCUAGUGCUGAAAUUGAAAAGGCUGUGCACGAAUUGAAUCAAGUAACUAAGCAAGCCCCAGAGGUGGAUGAAGAUAAGCUGGAGGAACAAAAUAAGCUCAAGGCUGCGAUAUCAGCUGCUGCUGCACUACCGACGGUCGCCUCAUCAUCCGCAGUAGUUGUGAAUUACAACGACAAAAUGGAUGACAAGCGUGCUAAAUUAGAUGCUGUCAUUCAACUUGAAGCUGCCAUGGGACAGAGCGAAACCGUUAAAAAAGACAUCUUUGGUGUUGGUACAAGAAAAGGUCAAUUUGGAACGGAUGCAAUCACUCGCUGGGAUGGUGACGAUAUGGACAUUGGAACACCAGUCAACGAGGCGGAUCGAGAAGCAGCUCUUCGACGUGGUCAAGGAAGAAAGAAGCGCGUUGAUGCUUACGAUGUGGACUAUGAUCGUGGUAAAGUCAAAAAAAUCAAGACAAAGAACACCCAGCGAUUUGAAG